CACUGCUUGCACCGAUCCCAUUGGUUAUAAUUUUGCAUUGGUCUACGACUCAUAUACUAAAAUUUUCAAGGAAAAAAGAAAAUAUUUGAAAAACAUGAACGAUACAUGCUUCGUUCCUAAUUGUAAAAACACUGUAGGCAUUGCCUUUCCAGAAGAACCAGAGAUUAGAGAAAAAUGGAUAGAAACGUUGGGUUUACAGCACCUUCAGCCAGAACCAUCCAGUUUUGUUUGUUUAGAUCACUUUCAAGAAGACGAAAACAAGGAUUUACAACUUACUGCUGCAAAUGUUAACCAUUAUAAUGACAACCAAGAAAAAAUUUAUAUGAAAAAGGAACAUGAUUUGGAAAAGCCAUCUGAUACUGAUAAGGACGAAUAUGUAGAAAGAUAUGAUGAUACAGAAGAUGAAGAUGAUAUCAAUGAGAACAUUCAGAUAAAUUUUGUUCAAGACGAAAGUAAUGAUGCACCUUCCCAAAUUUCUCAUUAUAAUACAAGAGAAUCACAAAAUAGAGAUUCUAGAGUUGUUACAGCACUGUGCCGUUUGUGUCUAAGGCUAAGAUCAGAUCUCAAAAAUAUAUUUGUAGAAGAAAUUGAAGAAGGAGUUCACAUAGUUUUUGCUAUUUUGGCUUGUGUUCAUCCAAUUGAGAUAUCAUAUGAAGACCCUUUACCAAAAAAUAUAUGUAGUGAUUGCUUAGAAACUCUAAAAAUCUGUUUUAAUUUUCGCUCUACUUGUUUAAAAAAUGACAAGAUUCAAAAAAGAUCAUUACCAAAACUGCUACCAAAAUUGCUGCCAAAACCGCAGCCAGUUUCAGCUACAAAAAGAAAGAAACGGAAAAACGUGGUGUCUGAAUCAGACGAAAUGGACUCAAAAGCUGAAGAAGCAAACAACAAGAAAAAAAGAGAAAGUGUAACAGAAACUGAUGGUUGUGCCUACGAUGAGUUGGAAGCUAUCAGUGAGUUUUUGGUUAAAAAGGACAAUCCAAACAAAGAGAAUAGUAAGGGAAAGGCAGUAAAAGCUAAAGGAAACUCUCAGAAACCCUUAGACUCAUUGGAAGAAGAACUUCGAAAGGUGCUCGAAGGAACAUUGUCUGAAGAACAAGCAAGUGCAGAAAAUAUAAUAAUCCACAUAGAGGAUGACGACGAAGAGGUUUCAGAUGACGAUGGAAGAUCUGUUACGGCAUCUGACGAUGUAGUAACGGAAGAAGGUAGUUCUACAGAUCUUUAUAAAUCUACUACGGGCAUAUUUACUGGAACUUCCGUAAGCUACUUAUCUGACUCUGAAUUCUGUAUGGUGGGUCAAUAUCUUUUCGAAUAUAGGUUGGUCAAGGGAAAUCUGAGAAAAAUCAGAUGUCUUCUACCAUCGUGCCCAGCUCAGGGUUUACAGGAGAAACCAGAAGGAUCUUUAACAUAUAAUAAAGAAGUACAUAUUUAUGUUGCCCACAAUCACAGUCCACCUAAUGAAGCUGAACAGACGAAGCAAAUGUUUUUCUACGUGAUGAAAAGAAAAAUGCAGAGCGAUAAAACAUUGAAAUUUAAACAUGUGUAUGACGAUAUUUGUGCUAGAGACCCUCACAUCCAAAAACUGAUUCCAUUACGUAAUGUCGUAAAUGAAAUUUGCCGACAUCAAGUUCCGCCACACAAAACGUCUCCUAUACAGUCCUUCGACGAACUCUACAAUCAAAUUGAAGAUGAUUCUUAUUAUAAAUUACAAUUCACCAACAACGGAGUUCAAUUCUUUCAAGAAAAGUUUACAUCCGAAGAUAACGCGAAAGCUAUUGUGUUUGCUAAUUUGGAAACCAUACAAAUGCUAUCUGAAAGUGAUUUGAUGUAUAUCGACGCGUCUUUUAGGAUCGAGACUGAUGAACCGUUUUGUUAUCAAUUAGUGACUGUGCUAGUUUGGGUAGAACACAGUUACUAUCCCAUCAUGUAUGCCAUAGUUAAUUACAAAACCCAAGAUAUCUACAAAAAAAUAUUUGAAUAUCUUCAUGAUCAGCUAGCUCCAAAAUUGAGACCGGAUGAAAUAGUAACUGAAUACGAAGCAAAUCUUUAUUACGCCUUGGGUGAAAUUUACGUAGAUUCCAGUAUAGGAGGAUCGGUAUUCUACUUCACUCAAAACAUCUACAAAAAGAUCUGCUCCCUCAACUUAGCCAAAGAUCUUGAAACCAACAACUUUUUCAGGAACAUUUAUCAUUUACUAUUGAUGCUGCCGUUGCUUCCCGUGAACACCAUCGUUGAUGCCUUUAACAACAUCCAAACUCAAGCCAUAGAUUUAAAGAUCGAGUCGUUAACUCUCGAUUUAUUUAAUCACAUACAAGCAGAAUGGAUAGACAAAGUGACUCCUGAUCUUUUCUGCGUCCACAGACUGGAGAAUCGUAUCAACGAAAAUGUCAUUGCUCCUUUCAAGAAACUUCGCGAUUACAUGAUGCUGACCAAAGGAAAAACGAGGAGAUGUGCAGAUAUUAUUACGCUUAUUGAGAAACUUAUCGAGCUGGAAAAUUUUCUACAUAUCACUUACUCUACGCCGAAUAAGAAGUCUUUUGCUAGGGAUUUAAGCAGCGCGCAAAAAAAGAAUGUUCUUAAGGCGUGGAUGUUUAUCGAAAAUCAUCCGAAGAUCAAUGUCCAUAAUUUCUUUUCUAGGGUUUUAGGUUAUAUUAAAUGUAUGGAGAAUCAAAUGUGGAUCUGGGGCUUCUACAAAUAUGAUGGAGAACCCACUGAAGAACUAAUAAAUGCAUCUAACUUUUCGAUAAUAGCCAGUGAAGAUUUGAGCCAAGAGGAUGAUCAAGAUAUCACUGAAGUAGAAGAGGAAAUUGUCGAACAAGAUGGUGACGAAAGACCAUCUAUCUUAAUGGAAGCCGUUUUAGACGAGAAUGGAAAAUAUGUUUUGAAGCCCAGAGAAGAAAUAGAACAUCAAGAAAUGAGCUAGACUAAAACCACUUUUGUAGCAUACGAAUAAGAGACUUUGGUUUCAGAACUGAAAUAGUUUGCCGCGAAUGUUUAAUUAUAUAUUAUAAAUGCCAUUAAGUUUUGUAAACAUUAAAAAAUUCUGAUAUUUCAGUAUAAAUUAAAUAAUCUCCAACUUUUUACUUUAAUUCGGGAUUAGCAAAUAUGAAUAAUAUCUUCUCACAAUCUUUUAAGUUUGAAGUUUUUAGGAGGCUAUUGGUCAUAUUUUUUAGUAAGAGGAUGAUGUUAAUAAUUUUGUCUUUUAUGGUGUAAGUCAUUUAUUUGAAAUUUCCCUUUUAGAUCCAAGAACAAGUCAGAUAUUCUUUAAAGUGACAUUCUUUGGACUGAGGGACUUCAUAUUUCUUUUUACUCGCAUAAACUAGACGGCCUACCGAAAUCCAAAUGGUCAGCAAAUGGUUAUAAUCUUGUACAGUGGUUCUUGUAUCUUGUUGACGAUGUUAAAAGUGAAAUGAGAUUAUUUUGGUAAAAAGCGUCUUGCAUAGUUGUAGCUCCAGUGCUGGAUUUCUCAAUGGGGGCACAUUCAAGAUUUUGAAUUUUCUUUGUAUAAUUUUUUCUACAAGAGAAACAAGUCUACAGGAGAAACAUCAAUAUUUCUUUGUAAGAAGGUGCAAAGUUUACAGAAGAAGUUUUUGGUUGCAUAGAUACAAUUCUUUAACCUGAACCCAUUUAUAGCAAUUUAUCCAGGUAAUUUAUACAGUUCCAUGUUGCCUUGAGACGUGUUACUUUGACGCAACCGCAACUAUAUUGAUUGUUCAGAAAAUGUAAUGUUUUGUCUAAAAGCUGCAUUGUAUGCGAUGUGUAGGGCGGAAAAUUGAUUAAUAAUAUGCAGUUUUCUUACCGUCAAUAUUCAUAGGACCGGUUGUUCGAACGCUAAUCAAAAAUGGAAUCAACUGAUCAUUAUCAAAUAUUUAAUUACUGUCACCAACUGUCAAUGUCAACUUUGUUUGGGUUGCUGAAAACAUAAUUGAUUACAAUUACGAGAUUUAUUAAUUAAUUAUGUUAAUAAUUGUUAUGUUAAUUAAUAAUUAAUUAAUCAAUUAUGUCAAUUAUCAUAAUGAUAAUUAACAUAAUUGGUUACAAUCAACUGAUUGACGUACGAAUGAGGGGUGUUGUUAUUUUGAUGGUUGCUAAGGGGACUUAAUUAUAAUCAAGAAGUUGAUUAUAAUCAAGUCCCCUUAACAACCAUCAAAUAACAAAAUCCGUCGUUCGUACGCCAAUCAGUUGAUUGUAAUCAAUUAUGAUAAUUAACAUAAUUGAUUGAUUAAUUAAUUAUUAAUUAAAAUAACAAUUAUUAACAUAUGUAAUUGAUUAACUAAUCAAUUAAUCUCAUAAUUGUAAUCAAUUAUGUUUUCAGCAACCCAAUCAAAGUUGACAUUGACAGUUGGUGAUAGUAAUUAAAUAUUUGAUAAUCAUCAGUUAAUUCCAUUUUUGAUUAGCGUUUGAACAACCUGCCCAUAGUGUGUAUUAUGACCCCGUUCACAUGUGAUGUGAGUUUUUGUGAAGUUUUUGUGUCGAUUUAGAGAAUAAUCAAACCAGGCUCUUUCUCCUAAACGUCAUUAUGAAAUUGUCCUGAUUUUCUAAAGCCUGGAAAGUUGCCAUAAUUGCUUUCUUGUUUUGGUGCAUAUUGCUAUUACCGUCAUUUCUGUCUGACAGAUUUAGGGCCGGUUGUUCGAACGCUAAUCAACAAUUAUCAUUAUCAAAUAUUUAAUUACUGUCACCAACUGUCAAUGUCAACUUUGUUUGGGUUGCUGAAAACAUAAUAUGAAAUUACUUAAUCAAUUAUGUUAAUAAUUGUUAUGUUAAUUGAUUAACUAAUCUCAUAAUUUUAAUCAAUUAUGUUUUCAGCAACCCAAUAAAAGUUGACAUUGACAGUUUUGGUGACAGUAAUUAAAUAUUUGAUAGUGAUCAUUGUUGAUUAGCGUUCGAACAACCGGCCCUUAGGCUAUUGCUCUUAUAGCUUUAAAGGAGAAAUUCAAAAAGAGCAUAUUUUAUACAGGUUGUUUCAUUAAUAAUUGUCCAUAUAGUAACUGGAGAAACCUUAGCACAAAAUACGAAGAUUUAACCUAAAACACUUAAAUAAAAUGUGGUUACUUACUGAGUUACAGGGUGUUUUAUUUAAAAAUUUAAAAACUAUUUUUGCUCAGCAUUUUAAAACUAUUCGACGUGACCUUUUCAUACUUGGCAGAAAGUGCGACUACUAUACACCCUACUAAAUUAUGACAAACAAACGUUUCUAGCUACUACCAGAGGCGUACGAGAGGGGAUAGUGAAUGGUUGAACCUUCUCAAAUUCUACGCUACUGGAGGAAUUACUAUUUUAUUGCCGUUUUUAGAUUCUCCAAUACUUUAUACGUAAAUAAUAUACUCUUCAUUGGUAAUGAUUAACGAUAAAGUCAUUAGUUUUUGAGAUAUUUGAAGUUAAAUAUGAAACGGCACAGUUAUUUUGAUUAAAAACAGUAGCGAUCAACAGGUAGCGAAAACGCGUUCCAAGAUUGCGGCUGUAAUUUUGAAUAUUUUUUCGGGAUAUUUGGCACACGUAUUCCUAAUAUAAUAAAGAAUGGCGGUACAGAGCCUUAUUUGAAAAAUAUAUUAAUAUGUGGAAAUUACUCUGUAAUUAAAUACAAUAUUAAAAAAACGAGCCUGUACCGCCAUCAAGAAGAACAAAAAAAUACAUUUUCUUCAAAUAAACUUUUUUAUCCGAUGCCUAGAUUUUGUGUCAUUUUGGAACUACUAAUGAAAUAAAAAAUUUUAGUAGUUCCAAAAUGACACAAAAUCUAGGCAUCGUAUAAAAAAGUUUAUUUGAAGAAAGUGUAUUUUUUUGUUCUUCUUAAUGGCGGUACAGGCUCGUUUUUUUAAUAUUGUAUUUAAUUACAGAGUAAUUUCCACAUAUUAAUAUAUUUUUCAAAUUGGGCUCUGUGCCGCCAUUCUUUAUUACAUUACGAAUACGUGUGCCAAAUAUCUCGAAAAAAUAUUCAAAGUUACAGCCGCAAUCUUGGAACGCGUUUUUGCUACCUGUUGAUCGCUACUGUUUCCUCUUAAUUUAUGAUAUGAUUCAUAUGAUUAAAACUUAAAAAUUAUUUGUACCCAGUACUUUAAAACUAUUUGGCAUAUCCUAAUCAUACUUGGCAGAAACUUUAGGUACUGUACACCCUACUAAAUUAAGAUAAAUAAACGUUUCUAGCUACUACCAGAGGCGUACGACAGGGGAUAGUGGUUGGUUGACCCUUCCCAAAUUCGACGCCACUGACGAAAUUGCUAUUUUAGUGUAAUUUUUUUAUUUUCCAGUACUUUUUAUGUAAAUAAUAUACUCUUCAUUCGGAACGAUAAAAUGAUUAGUUUUCGAGAUAUUUGAAUUUAAAAAUGAAGGGACACAAUACAUUAAUCAAAAUAACUGUGUCGUUUCAUUUUUAACUUCAAAGAUCUCGAAAACUAAUGACUUUAUCGUUACGAAUGAAGAGUAUAUUAUUUGCAUAGAAAGUAUUGCAGAAUCUGAAAAUUGUGCUAGAACAGCAGUUUCAUCAGUGGCGUAGAAUUUUGAAAGGGUCAACCAUUCACUUUCCCCCGUCGUACGCCUCUGGCAAUAGCCAGAAACAUGAUUUAGUAGUUUGUACAUUACCUAUACUUCCUGCCAAGUAUGAAAGGGAUACGUCGAAAAGUUUUAAAAUGCCGAGCAAAAAUAGUUUUUAAAUUUUUAGAUAAAACUCAGUAAGGAACCACAUUUUAUUUAAGAGUUAGGUUAAAUCUUCGUAUUUUGUGCUAAGGUUUCUCCAGGUACUAUAUGGACAAUUAUUAAUAAAACACCCUGUAUAGGCAACAGCGUUCCGCUACGCCCUGCGAAAUUGGCCGAUGCUAAAAUUGGUACGUACAGCAUUACUAUAGUCAGAGAGUUAGUCAGUUGUGGGUGCGAUUGAGUCUCGUAAGACAUGAUAUUUCUUUAUUCAUGCAAAAACAUCCUCAUAACAUCAUUCGAUUAUUCUUUUUCAUUCACUAAUAAAAUUCAUUUACCAGUAAAAUAAUGUAUUUUUAAAUUUUACUCUAUGUUUUUGAUUGACCAAUAAGCUCUUCUGUAAUGUUUUACAAAUCAAAUAAUCCGAAUGCUCUUCCAUGAUUUAUCAAUAAUAAUAUACAGGGUGUUUUUAAAUAAGUAUAACAAACUUUAAGGGGUAAUUCUACAUGAAAAAAUAAUGACAAUUUGCUCUAUAAACAUAUAUCCGCAAAUGCUUAGUUUCGGAAAUACGAGGUGUUGAAUUUUUUUUUCAAACUGCCAAUUUAUUUCUUACUCUGACACCGGUUGAGCUAUGAUAAUGAAAUUUGGUGGAUUUUAAGAGGUAGUUAUUGCGCAUUUUUUGACAUACAAAUAAGAAUUUUGUAUUCAUCAUUUGUGCGCAUACGGGUAAUUGUCUGAAUUUUCUUAAUGAAAAAAUAGUACGUCACUGAGAUAUUUUAAAUUAAAAAUCAUUUUUGAAUUCGUCGUUCAAUAUAUGACAAAAAAUCUUUCUUGGCUGUUUUUCACAUGAGGCGCCGUUUUUAUGUAAAAAAAAAUCUUAACGUUUACAAAGUACAUAUUUGAAAUAAAACAUUAAACAUGUAUAAACAUUUUCAAUUUCGUUGCAAUCCGAAAAUGCAGGCGCAUUAUAUUCUAAUUCAAUCAGAGAGUAUCUAGUGUCUAUACCGAUUUCGGGGCUUUUUGUCCCUCGUUAGUAGUUACGUAUUAUGCUCUUCUAUCUGACUGAACGAGGAUACAUCGACGCUUGCAGUCACGGAUUGCAACUAAUGAAAUGGCAGGGUGCCUUAGCGACAUCUGCUAAAAAAAGAUUAAGUUUUUAAUCUAAUAGUACAUAAAACAUCAUUUAAAAUAUUAUUUUACAUCCCAUCAGAUUGAAAAUCCUCAUCUUUAGUCUUUUUUCAUUUGAAAUAAGUUUCUAUGCAUAUAGAAACUACAUACCUCGAAUACUUAUACUUACGAAAAAAGGAAAGAUAUAUUUUUGCCACAAAUCACAAAGUGAUUUUUAAUUUGACAUAUCUCAGUGGAGUACUAUUUUUUUCAUUUCUUCUGUCUCAAAUUCUUUUGUCACCUCUGAAGGAGGUCAUUUUAGACAUUUGUUGUAGCUUUGCGUCUAGUUUAAAUCUUAUUAGUGUUAUUUUCUGUUAUUGGUCUAGUUUAGUAUCAUUGUAUUAGAAAGAUCUUGAUAAUGUAUUAAUGAAAUGAAUAAUACGCUGUAAGAUGUCUAUUUUCUUGCACAAAAAUUGUGCAUCAUAUGAAAAUAAGACAAGAGAGGCUUUUAUCAUAAAUUAACCGUGGAAUUUAAAAAUAAUUUUUAAGUUUAUAAAAAUUUAGACAAUUACCCGUAUGCGCGCCAAUGGCAGCUAAUCUGGAAAGCUCAACGUAGGUGGCGCUCGUGUAGUUGGAGGUCACGUCAACUUACGUCAACAAUUCAAAUCAAUCUAUUUCCAAGUAAAUAUUGCAUAUUUGUUUCGCUGUGUGAAUUAAACUCGAGAAAAUAAAAUCCCUCAAUGUUGUGUUAUGCAUUUGUGCUUAUCGAGAACAUCAGGACACAGGUUUCUCAAAGAUAUUCUGAAAAGAAAAAAAUGGAUUGUAGCAAUAAGAAGGGAUAAAUAUGUGCUGACUAUAAACGCACGUAUCUGCAAUAAACAUUUUGUUGAAACAGAUUACGUAUUGCCCCUAGAUUCGACUGUAAAAAAUAGAAUACUUCACUAUAAAAUUCAGAUCAAAAUUUAUUAUAAACGCACGGAUUAAGAUAUGCAAUUUUAUGUACAUUCACACUGUUGCCACAUCUACAAUCGCUUUUUAUGGAGUGAACAUAUAAAAAAAUUUAUAUUUGAAGCAAUAAUAAUAAUAUAGAAAAAUGUGAAAUACUAAUUUUAAAUAAUUCUCAAGUUCUCAAUAUUUUUUAGGGACUAAAACAACCUGACCAAACCUAAAAUAGCGUCAUCGAAAAUAAUAUAAAAAAAUUAAUAACUGAAUUUUAGUGACAUAUUAUCUUUAAAAUAUGCUUUAAAAUGACUAAACCAUAUCCUGAUCAAACCUAACCUAAUCGAAAAUAAUAUAAACAAAUUAAUAACUGAAAAUUAAAGUGACCUAGUAACCAUUCAAAUAUUGUUUAAUGACUAAAACAUAACCUGAUCAAACCUAACCCUAAAUUUUUCUAAUUUCAUCUUAAAUUUAAGGUCGCUUUUCACGUAGACAAACACCCAAAUAAUUGUACUUAAUUAAAUUAACACAUUCUAUAUUUCCAUAAGGAAUUAUAAUUUUUUUUAAAUAAGACAACAUUGCACAAUCGACUGCGCUCAACCCAUACUUAAACAAACCAAAUUUACACCAAAUGCGCAACUGUCAUGGCGGCCAUAUUUUGAAAAUAUCACAUUUUUAAAUGAGAUAAACACAAAAAUUAAUGCUGAGCGCACUUAAUUGUCAAUUUUAAAUUGAUAAAAAAGUAAGGCAGAUCGCACAUAUCAUAUUAUUCAAUUAUUCACAGUUUUCAGACUCGUGUGGGGAGCGAGUCAAUACUAAAUAAAUACGUCAUUGCUAUAGAAAUAAAACAUUGAGACGAUGAUUAAUAUAGUUUAUCAUUCGAUAAGGGCUUCCUUUUUCCAGUAAUUCUCGCAUUCCUUCUCAAUUCGUUUUUCAACGCACAAACAGUCUCCAAGAUCCAUAUAUUUCGGCCAUAAUGUAUUAUUUGUUAAAUCGUAAUCAAAAAUACCAUAUACAAUCUUCACGAAUAGUCAAAACGUUGACCUCCAACUACACUAGCGCCACCAAGCGGGAGAAACGGCGUACAUAGGUGCCAUUAUGAAUACAAAAUUCUUUUGUAUGUCAAAAAAUGCGCAAUAACUACCUUUUAAAACCCACCAAAUUUCAUUUUCAUAGCUCAACCGGUGUUGGAGUAAUAAAUAAAUUAUCAGUUUGAAAAAAAAUUAACACCCCGUAUCUCGGAAACGAAGCAUUUGCGGUCAUAUGUUUAUAGAGCAAACAGUAAUUCUUAAAGUUUGUCAUACUUAUUUAGAAACACCCUGUAUAUUGUUUAAGCUAAUUUAGCAGUCAAUAGUCAUACUAUGGGUUUUAUCACAAUACGUGCUGCUCCACGUAUUUCAAUUUCUUCUGCUGUUUACAGCCGUCUGUGUACUACUUUAAUUCUUAUUUAGUUUAUAAAAAGUCCCUUUGCUGUUAUCAAUGAUUACUUCCAUUGUACCCAUUGAAAAUGUUCUACUUGCACAUGUUUGGCAUACACAAGCUAGACUUUCACAAAAUGGUUGUGUAGACUGACUCUUCUACUCCAGGCCGCUACCCUAUAAGAGAUUACUGGUCUCGUUAUUGAAUUGUACAUCUCCUCAAGAUUUCCUGAAAAGUUUCUGCCCAUCAUUAGGAUUUCAUUUUGCCAUUAACGUUGGUUCUAAGUUCUAACAAUGUACUGUUUUUUUUUAUUCUAAAUUAUUUAGUAAUUUCAAAAGAUAGUGCUCUCAAAGAUCUCAUUGUUAUAUUUCAUCUUUUGUUAAAAAUGUUCACUGAAUUCAAUUUAACCAACACAAAUUGACAUUUGUAUAUGAAAUGUAAAUUAUUUUGUAUAUACAUACGAGAAAUAAUGUAGACUGUAUUUGAAAAUAAGUAGUUAUAAAGUUUUCUUUUUUAUGUAGCAUGAUUUGUUAAUAUUUUAAUAAUUUUUUUUGGUCAAAUACACAUACAUUAUUUAAUAAAAUUUCUUUCGUAAUUGUA